AUGAUUAUUGAUAUUUUAAUCUUAAGUGAAGUAAAUAUAAAUGAUAAUAUAGUUUCUAUGUUUAAUAUAAAUGGCUAUAGAAUGCACAGUAUGCUACGUAAAAAUAGAAAAGGCGGUGGUAUAAUUCUAUAUGCCAGAGAUGUCCACUCAUUCGCGCCAGUAAGUCACUCAUUAAUAUACUGUGAGACUAUUAUUGGUAAGAUCACUACGCCUUACAAAUACUCCGCUUACAUCUGUGCUGUUUAUAGACCACCAAGUCAGAGUAAGCACCUAUUUGUAAAGGAAAUAAGUAGCCUACUAUCAAAUUCUAUGUUUCAACUAUGUGACACUUAUCUCUUGGGCGACGUUAACAUAGACUUAAAAACAUGCGACAACAUACGAGACUACUACAUUAGUAGUAUGUCCGAGUGCGGUCUAACAAGCGCGAUAUCGGAUUACACAAGAAUUGAAAUACGCGGUAAUAACACGACUCGCAGCUGCAUAGAUCACAUUUUUAAUCGUACGCGCUCGUUAGACCUUUACUCGGCUGCGCUCGGAACUGUAAUGGCUGACCAUCGUAUGAUUAUACUCUCGUGCGUAGGAUUCGACCAAACACAAAUACAGAAUGAUACAAAAAUAAUCCAACAAAUUAAUAAUUAUAAAAUUAAAAAUUUACUUAAUAAUCUAGAUUGGACCGAAGUAAAAGAUAUAGAGUGUCCAAGUAAAAUUUACGAUUGUAUCAAAAAUAAAUUAAAUUGUUGUUAUAGUGAUUCAAAAUAUAUAAGAAAAAUAAAUAAAAUUAGUAAGAGAAAUAAAUAUCCUUGGAUAAAUUGUAGAAUUGAUAAUAUGUGUAAAAAGAAGAACAAAUUAUUCAUCAAAUGGAAAAAUGAUUCUACAGACAAAUUAAUAAAAUUAGAGUAUAAUAAAUUAAGAAAUAAGACGCGUAAAAUAAUUAAAAAAAGUAAAAAUAAAUAUUAUAUAGAACAAAUAAAUAGUAAUAAAAUGAAUCUUAGAAAUCUAUGGCAAAUUUUGAAUACACUAUCUGGUCGAAACAAAAACUCAAUUGAUGAGGCAAUAUUAAAAGCAUUUAAUAAGAACAAUAUUGACACAAAAUCAAUAGCUAAUAACUUUGCAACAGAAUUUAGAAAUUAUGACAAAAACCACGUUAUCCUGCUAUUCAUAGAUUUCAGCAAAGCGUUUGAUACGCUUCGACACGAUACGCUCUUGAGAAAACUAGAGAAUACCGGUGUACGUGGCCCGAUUUUAAAGUGGUGCAAAGACUACCUCUAUAAUCGUAAAUAUAAAGUUAAAAUCUGUGAUGAAGUUAGUGAUGCUAUCGAUGUUACUGAAGGAACAGCUCAAGGUUCGGUGCUUGGACCCUUGCACUAUUUAGCAUAUGUUAACGAUAUGGAACAUGUCGUCAACCAUUGUUCAGUUUAUCAAUACGCGGACGACAUGUGUAUUUUGGCUACCAGCAAGGACCUAAAAGAAGCAGCGCAACGGCUACAACAAGAUUUUACACAAAUAUCCAAAUGGGCACAUGAUGCGGGACUUGUCUUGAAUGCAAAUAAAACCAAAAUCAUUCACGUUCACUCAAACUAUAUAAAACACAACACGGAUUUUAAGGUGGUUGCUCACAGUCACAGAUGUCUGCACAAAUCAAUUUCAUCUAGGGCUUGUAAAUGUGAGGCAAUCGAACAAGUAACGCAUCACACUUACUUAGGAUUAAUUGUAGAUAAUAGAUUUAGCUGGAGAUUUCACAUAGAUUCUGUCUGUGACAAAUUACGAGCUAUAUUGGCUAAAUUCUACAUUUUAAAACCUAAAGUAUAA